ACUCACCGGGGCCAGGAAAAGCAGCCGACUCCGCACAGGGCGAAACUCGGAUCGGUGUGUCAACCCAAGACGCUAUCAAUCGACCCCCACACAGUCACCUGGACAUGCGUGUUGCGAAGCGCCGUAGAGUGGCACGCUGACUUGCACGAAUCUGCGCCGACCGUCUUGGGAUGAUUAUUCAGUAGUGUUGGCUUGUCGUGUUCAUUUCUAGCAGCACCGGAGGUAGCGAGCGAGCUCUUCCCAGCCUGCUGGAGUCCUCUGUUAGUAACAGCAUCAUGUUUCAUCGGGUUUGCCCUUUGCUGUUAUCAUUCCGAAUCCCAUCAGAACCAGGCCCAUUGAAGCAGCUGGCCCAGGUUCUGCCCCGUUCAAUUGUGUUUCGCUGCCUCUCCGCCCGGAACGAGUGGAAUUCCAGAGCUGGUCCGGCCCGGGAGAGACCAGGAGCGGACCGGAGGAAUGGAUCACUCCAGCCAGAACUGGAGGAAGCAGAAGAGGGACUGGAGGAAGUGAUCAGCGCUCACAAGAGAAGGCAAAGAGCGAUGCGGCUCCAGAGAAUCAGGAAAGAAUUCCAGCCCCCGGGUCCACCAGAAAGGAGGCUGACCUGGGAAGCCAUGGAGCAGAUCAGGUACCUGAGACAGGAGUCCCCCGAGGAGUGGACAGUACCUCGGCUGGCUGAAGGGUUUGACGUGAGUCCUGACAUCAUCAGAAGGGUCCUUCAGAGUAAUUUCACACCCCCCUUAGAGAGAAAGAGGAAGCAGGAUGCCAGGGUCCUGUCCAAAAUAGGGCUGAAGCCUGUGCCAAGCGGAGUGCAGGGAGACUCAAAGCUACCGGAGCUGUCCAGCGGGCAAAAUGCCAUGCUGCCGGCGCCAAGAGGCAUGAAAAACACAAGCAGCCAGGCGAGCGGUGUUAGCCUCACCGUUCGACAGGAUUCUGCAGUGAGAGGAGGGGGCCUGUUGCCCUUGGCUGCUAACUUCACCAUGCCCAGCAGUGCUGCCCUUCAGAAGGCUGAAGAUUCCGGGGACUCCCCAGCCCUGCAUUCCAGGGAAAUCCCCAAGCCCGAGCAUUCCGAGGAGAGGCAGGGCUGUUCCACUGAGGGGGAGGAGGAGGAGGAGGGGUGGAGUGGAGAGGUCCUGACUGACCAGGAGCUGGAAAGACUGGCUGAAAGCACACCACAAAGCGCCGUGGAAGUGGUUCGGAAGGGGAAUGAGUUUUAUGACAGCGAAGGGAACUUUCUGUAUAGGAUCUGAAUUAUCACCAGUUCACCAAAAAAAAAAAAAAAAAAAAAAAAAAAAAAAAAAAUAUGAAAUUGUAACAGGACAGAUUUAUAUUGGAGGCACGUUAAAUUUGACCUGUAACUUGAGAAGGUCUGUGAUGAACGUUGUAACAGACGUGCCUCAGCUGAAGUUCUUGAUGCUUGGACACUGCUAGUCAGUUGUGUCCACUGUCCCUAUUCUUGCUGGACAUUACCUUGCUGUUUGACAUUCACUGGAUGUCAUUCAAUGCAAGCGGCACCUGCAAUAUAUUAUUUAUACAGACUGGAAGGCGUAGUGGCAACCCCUUAAGGCCAAUUAAAUACUCAGGCAUGGGAAGAAGACUCCUAUUGCAUAGCAGUUUCACCCAGCUCCACGAUUUUAAUACAAGCUUGAUUAGCCACAGUGCAACAAGCUCCGGUCUUCAGCUGAACCCAGGCGUGGAUCAAACUGCUAUGCAAUGGGAGUCUUUGAUUGUCAUCCCUGCAUACUCCACCCUGCCGCAGCUCUGAAGGAAGAGUUCUUUUUACCUGUAUCUCCAGACAGCUGCUUCCCAAGGGAUCGGAUCCAGUAUCGUGUGGAGAUCGAAGCCCCGUCAGAUUAUCUGCAGCCCACGCUGCUCUCAGGCGUAUCGCUCUUUUCAAAGUUAUGUUCUGGCUGUCUAAUAAACUGAAAGCCAAUUUUCCGUG